ACACACACCACCACCCACACUCGCUCAGUCAGUCAUUGAAGACUGAGAUGGCUAAGCAAAGUUGACCAUUGGACCCUAGACUUCUUGUCAGCCAGAUGAACACACACAAACCAGCCCACAAAGCCAAGGCUAGGCAUCUGUGCUUCCUCUUCCUCAUGUGCUUCCCUUUGGCGUGGGGUGGCGUCCCUGGUCCAUGUCGGCACUCUGUGACCAAGGGUCACCUCCUCAACCUCAACUGCCUGAUUGAUAAUCAGUUGGAGAAUGGCUGGUCAAUAACCUACGUAUUCACUGAGCGCCAGAGUUUGAGUGAAGUCUGUUACAUCAAAGCAGCAUUUCCACAAAUCCUGGAGCUUCUGAACACACACUUCAAGUAUGUCAGGAAAUCGGACAACGGGCGCUAUGUCAAACUCCUGAAAAAGGUCAUAUAUGACCUCUACUCCCAAAACUGCAUACCUGAAAUUAAUGAGGAGAUUGAGGACACCCCAUUGAAGUUUGUCAGAGUGCACAGCACCUCGCCCAGAGAGGCUCUGACGAAAGUCCGGGGGGUCAUUGAGAUGUACAUGACCCUGAUGGCCAAGAGCAACGGGCCCGUCGACUGGAACUGUGAGGAAGAGUAUGCAGAGGAUUACCAAGAAUCCACCACUGCCCUCCCCACCCCCACCGCAGCUGAACCUGAACCUGAACGCCGGUGUACAUGUCCGACAGUGGGUCCGGUAACCCCUGAUGUCUCCCUGGUGUCCCACAGCGUAUGGAGCAGUCCCCCACAGCCCACCCUCUCCCAACUCACCUCGAUUGUGCCUCCCAGGCCGACUCAUCCAUCCCUGGGUACCAAGGGCGCUGAGCCCCGGGUGUUCCUGGUGAGUUCUGGUACCGUAAGACCCCCCUUCCCCAGGGAGCUGCAGCGGACUGGCCCCGAUGGACGUUCACUUGGAGGGGGCAGAGAGGGAGAUAUACACUGGGACUUUCAUCCACCUUCACCCAAUGGAACUGAGUCAGAUUCGGGACUCUACCAGGCAGUUGCUGACACCCCGUCUGCCACGAAUGAACCUUCCCCGUCUUCCCCUCCUGGUCUGGUUCUCCUGGGGACCGUUGGCUCCCAUGACGAGACAUUUUACUACCCCCAGACUGAGAGGAUAAGGGAGACUUCCACAGCCCGACCAGCAGGGAGAGGAGGAGCAGGCUCACCCCACAGUCACUUCGCUGUUGCUGGGGCCAAGCUGAUCACACCAGUCCCUUUUCUUUACAAGUUGAUUGGCAUCACCCCCAGUAGUGAUGAGAGCACUGCCUAUGUGUUGGCCAAGAGGUCGCUGGAUGCCAGGAAUUAUGGAAUACUUCAGGAUUGGGUUUCAACACAGACCCCUCAACUAAAGGACACUAGAGAAAAAUACCCAGGCACAGAGAGAUAUUUACAUGACUGGAACCCUCCGAUUGAAAGCACUACGACCGAAGCAUCUCCACGUUUGAAGAUGACAGUGGAGGAGCCAGACAAACUACACACCACUACAGAGGCACACAACCAAGUCAUGAAGACUGAGCCAAACCAUCCUAGGACAUCCUAUGAGGAAGUAUUCAGCACAGAUAUCCUGUCAGAGAGGACAGCUGCAGACGAUGCUCCUAUUUCAGAAAGGUCCAGUGAAGGCUCAGUGAAGGAAUUCCGGCACGGGAACACUGGUCAUUCCGAUCUAAGCAUCUCCUACCAGACAGCCUUUAUCAUUGCAGCAGUGUGCAGCGGACCAAUCUUGAUCAUUACCCUAUUCUGUCUCAGUGAGAAGAAGAGGCUCCAAGCCCUUAUCCACAGUACCAGCAUAAUUGAAAACCAGAGGGUAUGCAGCAGCAUUGAGGACAUUGAACUACAAUAUUGUAAAGCCAAGGAUUGAGAGAGCUGGAUUGGUUUAACCUGCCAGUAAGAGAUCAACAACCACGUAAUUCAUCAAACAAGAGAAGACAUGGAAAUUUGGCAACUAUUUACCUCUUGUGAAAGUUUUCAAUUUUUUGUAUAUAAAAAAAAAUGUCUAAAGGUACCUAUUUUUAUACAAAUUAAGUUUAUAUUGCUUGAAAGAUUUAACAGAGAAUCAUAUGCUCUCCAAAUUACACAAUAUCGGCAUGCUUCCCUUUUGCUGUCAAAAAGGUUUGAGUGAAUUUAUCUGUUACACACAGCGUUAACUUGACUCUCAACGACUGUUUGGACAGUUUCAUGCGCACCACACACACAUCUUUGAUCUUCCAUGAAAUAGAAUGGACCAAACAAUCCUACAAGUUUUGACCUAGUAGCCACCAGCGCAACAGUGCAAGUCAACAUUAAACUAAAGGAAGUCUUUCCAUGUGACUGAAAGAGUCUCAUGACAUUGUUCAAUGGAGUUUGGCCCCAUGAGCCAAAGCAAUACAAGGUGUCAUCACCCCAAGUGGACAGAGGAUGUAUUUUUGGAGAUCAAUAGAUUGAAUACAAAACAGAUUAAAUACAAACAGAACACCCAUAGUUAUUUGUUUUGAGUGUACUCCCUACAUGCCAUGCAGCAUACUAUAUUAAUUUGACUUCUGAUAUUCUCUUGUUUUAUCCCCAGCAAAUGAAGAAAAGGAUUUCAAUAUGUCUCUCAUGCCAUGAUGCCAAUUAAAUUGUGUUAUACAACGGG